UGCCGGUUGCAUUCCAUUCCGACUGUGUUUUGCCUCAGAGAGUCAUAACCUACAUAUGGGGUCUUUUCCCGUUCAAGGCUAUUCCCAUCAUUGUGAUGGACUCUUCAACCGACACUCACCCUUCCCCUCCUCCUCCCAUACUCUCUCUACAAUAGAAACAGAAGUCAACCGUCGCAAUGGCGCGCCGCGAUGAGGGCGAUGACCUCGGUCGCGCCCUGUCGCAAGAGAACGUUGAGGAGCAAGACCUGGAGAAGAGAGACGAGCCCUCACAGUUUCUGGAGGUUCCUCGAGACUUAAAAAGAGUUGGUCGUGGUAAGAGCGAGGACAGCACACGUCUGGAAAAGAUUGAGUCUGUGGCCACCACUGCGACCGAAGCUAGUACCGCUGUUCCUGUCAAGUCGAGGGAACCGGAAAAACGACGAUGGUACCACAGAAUAAAUCCGCUCCGUGGUACGCCUCCACCAGUGCCUGAAGAGCGGACAGUUUGCCGGGAAUACAACGCCAGCUUUCUCAGCCUGUUGACUUUCCAAUGGAUGAACCCUCUCAUGACUACCGGGUACAAGCGGCCAAUCGAAGUUAACGAUAUCUGGCUUGUCAAUCCCGACCGAAGCUCUGCGACUAUGAUUGAUCUCCUCAUGACGUCCUUCAAGAGGCGGACCGCACGAGGGGAGAGAAAUCCCCUGCUCUGGGCGCUCUUCGAUACUUUCCGUGGCGAAUUCAUUUUGGGCGGAACAUGUGCCCUGUUCUCGGCCUUGUUCCAAGUCUUCUCUCCCUUCACAACCAGAUAUCUCAUUCAGUUUGCUUCGGACGCUUGGGUCGCACAAAAGACAGGCCAACCUGCUCCAAGCAUAGGCCGAGGUGUAGGUCUUGUGCUCGGUAUCACUUUUAUGCAGAUUUGUCAAUCGGUAUCAACCAAUCAUUUCAUCUACCGUGGUAUGAUGGUUGGAGGAGAGUGCAGGGCUGUCCUCAUCAACGCUAUCUUCGAGAAAUCUCUGGUCAUCUCUGGCCGCGCAAAAGCCGGUGGCAAAGCUCUGACAGACGAAGAAAUCCCCGAUGAGAAUGACGAAGCUCAGAGCGAGAAGAUCAGGGACCGCCCGCUGCUUUCUCGUGUGCUCUCGAAGAAGCUGCAUCCAAAGGGAGGUCCGAAGGUAACUCCUGACAAAAUGACUGGAGUCGCCGGGGAUGGCACAGGUUGGAACAACGGGAAGAUCGUCAACUUGAUGAGUGUUGAUACCUAUCGUGUUGACCAGGCUUCCGGUUUGUUCCAUAUCAUGUGGACCUCCCCAAUCCAAGUCAUCAUUGUCCUCGUGGUUCUCUGCGUGAACAUUGGAUACAGUGCCCUUGCAGGUUAUGCUUUGCUGAUCAUCAUGCUCCCGUUAUUGACCAAGGCAAUAAAGUCGUUGCUGAUGCGCCGAAAGAAAAUCAACAAAGUGACUGACCAGCGUGUGACACUCACACAAGAAAUUCUGGGCUCAGUGCGGUUCGUAAAGUUCUUCGGUUGGGAAACAAGCUUCCUUGAUCGUCUCAAAGAACUUCGCAAAAGAGAAAUCAGGGCUAUACAGAUAUUGUUAUCCAUCAGAAACGCUAUCAACGCCGUUGCCAUGUCCAUGCCCGUCUUUGCAUCGAUGCUGUCUUUCAUCACAUACUCACUAUCUAACCACAGCUUGGCCCCGGCCCGAGUGUUUUCCUCCCUGGCUCUCUUCAACUCAUUGCGGAUGCCCCUCAAUCUGCUGCCGUUGGUAUUAGGUCAAGUCACCGACGCACAGAAUUCUCUGCAGCGUAUUCAGGAAUUCCUCCUCUCCGAAGAACAAAAGGACCAGGUCAUAUGGGAUGAAAACCUGGACCAUGCGGUGGAAGUCGAUCAUGCCUCAUUUACAUGGGAACGCACGGCGUCUCAAGACAAAGAAGGCCCUGGUACUUUCCAAACAAAAGGCCAACUUGUGGCUGCGAAAAAGGCCGCCAAGGAAAGGAAGAAGGCCGAAAAGAAGGCUGCAAAGGCCGCGAAAAGGAGCAAGAAAUCACCUCUUGCAUCCAACGAGGACAUUGCAAGCGAGACGACGGAAGUCGAGCCGUUCAAGUUGCAAAAUAUGGACUUUACGGUUGGCAGAAACGAACUACUGGCUGUUAUUGGCACCGUGGGUUCUGGUAAGACAUCACUGCUUGCCGCAUUAGCAGGUGACAUGAGGAAGACGGGUGGCAAAGUCAAAAUGGCCUCAACGCGAGCCUUCUGCCCGCAAUAUGCCUGGAUCCAGAAUGCAACGUUGAAAGACAAUAUUUUGUUCGGUAAACCGUACAAGUCCAGAUGGUACAGAGAUGUUAUUGACGCCUGCGCUCUGCGUCCUGAUCUGGAUAUUCUCCCUGCUGGUGAUCAGACUGAGAUCGGAGAACGUGGUAUCACUUUAUCGGGUGGUCAAAAGCAGCGACUGAACAUUGCUCGAGCAAUCUACUUUGACGCUGACAUCGUUCUCAUGGAUGAUCCUUUGUCUGCUGUCGACGCGCACGUCGGACGCCACAUCAUGGACGAAGCAAUCUGCGGCUUGAUGAAAAAUAAGUGUCGUAUUCUUGCCACCCAUCAGCUGCAUGUCUUGUCUCGGUGCGACAGAAUCAUUUGGAUGGAAGACGGCCAUAUCCAGGCUAUCGACACCUUCGACAACUUGAUGGCCCACAGCGUUGACUUUCAGAAAUUGAUGGCCACGACUGCCCAGGAAGAAACCCAGGUCGCGAAAGCUGAAGAUGAAGAAGAGGGCGAGAAGAAGCCAGAAAAGAAGCUUAAGAAAGGAAAGGCUCUCAUGCAGCAAGAGGAGCGGUCAGUGAGUUCGGUCAGUUGGGGUGUAUGGAAAGCGUAUAUCAAAGCAUCCGGCUCACCAAUAUUGUGGCCGCUGAUCGCGAUCUCAUUGAUCAUGUCCCAGGGUUCCAACAUUGUCACUAGUCUGUGGCUUAGUUGGUGGACUAGUGACAAGUUCGGAUUCUCUGAAGGAGCAUACAUUGGUGUCUAUGCCGGUCUAGGCUUUUCUCAAGCCAUUCUCAUGUUCAUUUUCGCCACGAUUCUGUCCACCAGUGGAACAAACGCCAGCAAAGCAUUGCUGCAAAAAGCCAUGACCCGAGUCUUGCGGGCUCCCAUGUCCUUCUUCGAUACCACACCUCUAGGGCGCAUAACCAACCGAUUCUCCAAGGAUGUUGAUUCGAUGGACAACAAUCUCACAGAUGCUAUGAGGAUGUACUUCUUGACAUUGGCCAUGAUCACUUCGGUUUUCGCUCUGAUCAUUGCUUAUUUCCACUAUUUUGCGGUGGCCUUGGGGCCACUAUUUUUACUCUUCUUGUUUGCUUCCAGCUAUUACCGAGCAUCGGCACGAGAAAUCAAGAGGCACGAGGCGGUCCUGAGAUCUACUGUGUUUGCACGAUUUUCAGAGUCUAUUUCCGGGUCGGCAUCUAUUCGAGCAUACGGCCUGCAAAACUAUUUUACAUCACGCAUUCGGGAAGCUAUUGAUGAUAUGGACUCUGCAUACUACCUGACCUUUGCGAAUCAACGUUGGUUAUCUACGCGAUUGGACGCCAUUGGAAAUGUUCUUGUCUUUGUCACCGGUAUUUUGGUCGUGACCGAUCGCUUCAACGUCAAUCCGAGCAUAGCGGGUUUGGUUUUGUCCUACAUUUUGGCCAUUGUGCAAAUGAUCCAGUUCACAGUACGACAGCUAGCAGAGGUCGAGAACAAUAUGAACGCAACGGAGCGGCUGCACUAUUACGGGUCUGAGCUUGGUCAGGAAGCGCCUCUCAAACUUCGAGAUGUUCCGGAUUCGUGGCCACCGGCAGGAGCUAUCAGCUUCAACAAGGUAGAAAUGCGAUAUCGACCGGAACUUCCGCUUGUGCUCAAGGGGUUGGAUUUCCAGGUUCGAGGAGGAGAAAGAAUUGGCAUCGUCGGUAGAACUGGCGCCGGAAAAUCAUCCAUCAUGUCUGCCCUUUUCCGGCUGACAGAACUUACGAGCGGUCAAAUCAAAAUCGACGAUAUUGAUAUUUCGACUGUGGGCCUGUACGAUUUACGAUCACGACUGUCCAUCAUUCCUCAAGAUCCGACCCUGUUCCGCGGCACGGUCAGAUCUAACCUGGACCCUUUCAAUGAACAUACAGAUCUUGAUCUGUGGGCUGCUUUACGCAAAGCUGACCUUGUUGGCGAGGAAACGACCAACGAAAAAGAGGAUCGUCCUCAUACAGCCGAGACAGCUGUGACUUCGACCUCCAAUGUCAACGAGCAGACAUCAGGAUCAAACCGCAUCCACCUCGACAGUACGGUGGAAGAAGAAGGAUUGAACUUCUCUCUCGGUCAAAGACAGUUGAUGGCUCUUGCGCGGGCUCUGGUGCGAAACUCUCAGAUCAUUGUUUGUGACGAAGCUACAUCCUCGGUCGAUUUUGAAACAGAUGAGAAGAUUCAACGGACCAUGAGAACGGGGUUUGCGGGCAAGACUCUUCUCUGUAUUGCCCAUCGUCUGAAGACUAUUAUCAAUUACGAUCGAAUCUGUGUGAUGGACCAAGGACGAAUUGCCGAACUUGAUUCCCCGAUCAACCUGUUUGAAGCGAAUGGCAUUUUCCGGAGCAUGUGCGACAAGAGCCGUAUCGUUCGGGAGGACUUCUUCAGAGAGUCAUAGAAAGAACCUUGCAGGUGGUACUGUCAGAGGUUGAAGAUCUGUAUUGGCUUUUUUCAGUUUAAUAAGAUAUACGGAUACUCCGUAUGCAGAAGUAUUGACUGGGAUGAAUGACUUG